AUGCCAAGACCUAGAAAACAAGAAGAUUCCCUUGGUUUGGUUCAGUGGAUAGUCAGAACUGCAGUAUUUUGUGUAUUUUAUGCUGGUCAAUCUGUCGUACUCAAUUUUUCACAAUUCCUUGGACUUUUAUUAUGGCCUCUUCCAAAUGACUUCUUCAAAAAUUAUAUUAUCCAUACACAAAGAUGUUUUGGAAUUUUACUUGUUUCAAUUAAUCAAUUCUUCGCACCAAGCAAUUUCAUAGUCACUACAGAUAAAUCUGCGAAAGAUGUUAUAAAAAUUACAAGAAACAAUUCAGUAAAGCUAGAAUUGCCAGAAAGAAUUAUAUUGAUAGCAAAUCAUCAAGGAAUGCAAUUUUUUCAAUUUAUAUUUUUGAAACGUAAUUGGGCAGUUGAUAAAGGGCCAUUAACAAAACAAAUGACACGUUUUGCUAGAUCUAAUGAUCCUUUAUGGUUGCUGAUUUUUCCAGAAGGAACUAUAGUAUCAGAGGAGACACGUGUAACUUCUAAAAAAUUUGCGGAUAAAACUGGUUUGGUUGAUCACAAAUAUGUAUUAUUACCUCGUUCUACCGGAUUACAUUUUUGUAAAUCAGCAUUGGGAAAAUCAAUAGAUUAUCUAUAUGAUUUAACCAUUGGAUUAGAAGAAAUUCCACAAGAUGAAGACAAAUUUACCAUAUGGUUGAGAGAUCGUUGGUCCGAGAAAGACGUGAUGAUGGAAGAAUUUUAUAAAAAUGGACGAUUUUCGUCUUAUGAAUCACCUAGAAUAGUUCCAAUGAGGUUGAUGAAUGGAUUUUUCGAAUUACUGCAAAUUUGGUAUUUCGUAAUACCUUUAAUACCUUUACUAUAUUAUUACUCACAUACUAUAUUUGAGAGUAUUUCAAGGGGUUGUUUUGGUGAUCAAGUUCCUGCAACAGAGCGUGGAAUCAUGGGAGAACAAAGAGAAUGGCCGCACACAUUUAGUAAUCUUAAAUUGUUAAAGAAUAUGAUGGUGAUAGUGAUUAAAUCAACCAAUACUUUAGCAUAUAAAAUUAUGUGUCCCACAGAAAACGAGG